AUGAUACUCUUGAUCCAGCUGGAUUCACGCCUCCAUAGUCCCAUGUACUAUUUCCUUAGCCACUUGUCCUGCUUGGACAUUUGCUAUUCCUCGGUCACCCUUCCCACCGUCCUGGUGACGCUCCUGCACCAGCAGCCCACCAUCUCCUACAAUGAUUGCAUGGCCCAGAUGUUCUUCCUCAUGAGCUUUGUGGGAACUGAAUGCGCACUGCUGGCCGUGAUGGCCUACGGUCACUAUGCGGCCAUCUGUAAACCUCUUAAACUCAUGAGAACUAGGGUUCGAGUCCCUCUGGCUACAGCUUCAUGGAUCUGGAGCAUGGUUGACUCUGCCAUUCUGACCACUUUGACCACUGAUUUGGCCUUCUGUGGCAACAACCAGAUCCAUAACAUCUUCUGCGAUGUCCCCCCACUCUUGAAAAUUGUUUGCAAUGACACCUAUAUCAAUGAGAUGACUCUUCACACAGCAAGUAUCGUUGUGGGUCUGAGCCCUUUCCUCCUUGUCAUCAUUUCAUACGUCUACAUCUUAUCUACAGUUCUGAAGAUCCGUUAGACCUUCUCCACCUGUGCUGCCCACUUGAUUACGGUCAUUGUCUACUUUGGGAUGAUCAACUUGAAUUACAACCAUCCCUCUUCCUCUCAUUCACUUGGUGUAUUUCAGCUUCUGAGCAAACUACACUCUAUGCAGAAUAUUCCAACAGCAAAGGAUAAUCCCCCACCCCGCAUGGGUUCUUCCCAGACAGCACAAGAAAUGUUGAUCGUCAGUAAGUGA